GUGGGGCAGGUGGUAAAGGAGUUUGGGGAGCUGCUGGGAUGGUUUACGAAGAUGAGGAGCCCGACAUACACGAUCCCAACUAUGAUGAAUCUUCUCAGGGGGACACGGUCUACGAGACGGUCGUGCCCGAGAUAGACGAGAAGGAACUUGAGAAAAUGGUGAACCCAAUUGUACAGGAGUACUUUGAGCACGGGGACACAAAAGAGGUUCAGAUGUUGUUGAAGGAGCUCAAUUUGGGCCAGCACAAGUACGAGUUCUCCUCUCUGGCCGUGUCCCUGUCCCUCGAAGGCAAGGCAAGCCACAGAGAACUGACCUCCCGCCUGCUGUCUGAUCUGUCGGGGAAGAUGCUGUCGCAAAGUGAGAUGGGGCGAGCUUUCGACAAGAUGCUUAAAGAGCUCCCGGACCUCAUCCUGGACACACCGGAUGCCCCGCAGAUGUUAGGCCAGUUUAUAGCCAGAGCCAUCGCAGACCACGUCCUCCCCAUGUCAUUCCUGGACUGCUACAAGGGCAAAGUGGACUGUGAGCAUGCCAGAGUGGCUUUAGACCGCGCUGCAGUGCUGCUGUCCAUGAAGAGGGAGAUGGUUCGCCUGGACAACGUGUGGGGUGUCGGUGGAGGUCUGAGACCUGUCAAACAUCUCAUCAAAGAGAUGAAUCUUCUGCUCAAAGAGUAUCUGAUAUCAGGAGACGUGUCGGAGGCGGAGCACUGUCUCCGGGACCUGGAAGUGCCUCAUUUCCACCAUGAGCUGGUCUACGAGGCUGUAGUGAUGGUGCUGGAGUCUAAAGGUGACACUGCCACUCAUAUGAUGAUGAAGCUCCUGCAGUCCUUCUGGAAAACGGGCCUCAUCACUGUUGAUCAGAUGAACAGGGGUUUCCAGCGCGUCUAUGAUGAGCUGCCUGAAAUCAGCCUAGAUGUGCCACAUGCCCACUCUAUCAUGGAGACUUUUGUGGACCUCUGCUAUCAGGAGUCUGUCAUCACCAAACAGCUGAGGGAUGCCUGUCCCUCCAGAGGGCGGAAGCGUUUUGUCAGCGAAGGAGAUGGCGGGAUGAUCAAGAACUAAUCUGCAGGAGAAAGAGGGGGCAUCAGCAGCAGCAGGAAGAGGAGGGGGUGUCUACUGGUUCUUACACCCUGUUUCUGCUCCAGCAUGUUUCCCUGAAACCGGACAUGCCUGCGGUCUAAUGUUUCCUUGUUCCUCUCCUGGUAAUGUUUAUAAUGUCAUCAGUCAAAACCAGCGUUUGUCGACGUUUGGUGGAAGUAAACCGAAAAGAGUGGCCUGGGUUCAGAUCCCAUCAUCUUGUUCGUCACUGCUUUCUUUUUUUUUCUUUUGACCUUUUUGUGAAGAAUAUUCUCUGAGGGUUCAUGUGACACUUUUGCCUCAGUCUUUGUACCUGUUUGUCAAGAAUAACACAAGUCAGAGCUGCAGAGCUACAGGGGGACAGGCUGGGUUACGUGGGAGAUUAAUUGGUUUUAUUUGUCUCUUGCUUAAUUUCACCUGUUACCGUGUCUUUAUUUUUUAUUUUGUUUUCAUUCACAUAAUGUGCUAUAAAUGGAAACGCGCACUCAGAGGGACAGAGCAUACCGUAUUCAGCGAGCACUUAGUAAUUUAGCUGAGCAGAAAGGAUCUAAAACUCUUCAGCUUCUGUCCUUAUUUCGAGGAUGCCAUGUUUCGUACCUCUUGUUUAAGUUGUUCAUUAAUGUUUUAUGAACAGUGAUGAUUUUUUUUUUUCCUCUUCCUUGAAUUUUGGGCUUUGAAGCCAAAUGUUUACUUUUGUAAAGCACCAGUGAAAGCAAAAGGUGCUUUGGGCACUAUUUGGGUGUUUAUCUGAAACUUGCAUCAGGGCAAAUACACUUCAGAAGCCAUUUCUGAAAAUGAAGAUAAAUUGGGGUUAAUGUGAUUUCAAAAUAAAUAAAUAAAUGAGCAAUAUUUUCAGCACUCUGCUUGCAGUUAACUCAUGUAUUUACAGCCACGUGGUCAGCAGUUGAUUCUGGACAGGGUAGCCUUCGGUGUGCAGAGCCACUCUAGACGGCGUCGUCUGGUAAUUGUCUUUAAUGGAUUAAGUUUAAUGCAUGUGUAAAGACAACCCCAGCUUUUCUUGGAAAACAGUCCUUGAGACUUUUUCUGCCCCUGUCUUACAGUUUUACAUGUUGACCAAAGUUAUAAUAAAUAUAUUUCAUUCAUUAAAA